AUGGAUAUCCAAACGGAGCAGCAACCCUUUUCACAAAGACCCAUAAUUCUUCUUGCUUUCCCCAUUAACAGAACACUCUGUUUUGCUCUGUCUUUUCUUCUCCUCUCUGUUUCUGCUCUUUUCAUCUUCAACUCCUCCGCCACUCCUUUCAAUCACCAGUAUUAUGAUCUCUUACGUUUGCAUCAGUUCUUGUUGCAAAUCUUUCCCGGAAACAGUCCGAGUUUGUCGUCGACGACGACGUCUCUGUUGCCGAGAGCUUGUGAUUACUCCAAUGGGAAAUGGGUUUGGGAUGAAAGUUAUCCAUUUCACUCCUAUACUGAGAAUUGCCCCUUUGUUGAUCCAGGAUUCCGGUGUACUCAGAAUGGCCGGAAAGAUGAAGGUUACCGGAAGUGGCGGUGGCAGCCGGAUGGCUGUGAUAUUCCCAGAUUCAAUGCAAGUGAGCUGUUGGAGAGAACUCGAAACGGGAGGAUCGUGUUCGUUGGCGAUUCCAUUGGAAGAAACCAAUGGGAGUCACUGCUAUGCAUGCUAACACCUGCAGUUUCAAACCUUUCAACGAUAUAUGAAGAAAAUGGAAAGCCAAUAAACAAGCACAAGGGGUUUCUCAAAAUGCGAUUCCAAGAAUACAAUCUUACAGUUGAAUACUACAGAGCUCCUUUUCUGGUGAUCAUCGGCCGACCUCCUCCGAACUCAUCCAGUGAAGUUAACGCCGCCAUUCGAGUUGAUGAGAUGCAUUGGUUUUCCCAGAAGUGGGUUGGUGCAGAUAUCUUAAUUUUCAAUGAUGGCCAUUGGUGGAAUGAGUUCAAGACUGUUAAAAUGGGUUACUAUUUCCAAGAAGGUGGGAAAUUAAACACGAGUAUGGAUGUGAUGGAAGCAUUUCGGAGGUCACUGCAAACAUGGAAGCGAUGGGUAGAGGAAAACUUGGAUCUAAACAGAACUCAUGUUUUCUUUCGCAGCUGUUCUCCUGUUCAUUACAGGGGUGGGACAUGGAGUGAAGGGGGUCACUGUGACACUGAUAAGGAGCCAGAAAGAGACUACACAAAGCUGCAAGAUGAACCAGAAAACAAUAUUUUCAUUUCAGAUGUAAUCAAACAAAUGAAUUAUGUAACACAUAAAGUUCAGUUCUUGAAUAUUACAUAUUUGACAGAAUUCAGGAAUGAUGGCCACCCUUCAAAGAAUCGUGAGAACGGCACAUCUGAUGAAGCUCCGCAAGAUUGUAGUCACUGGUGUCUGCCUGGAGUACCAGAUACGUGGAAUCAACUUUUUUAUGCUAAUCUAUUGUCAAAAGGAUUCAGAAAGUAAUGCUAUGUACGUCCAAAGAAAAAUAACUAAUCUCAUGUUUAGAACUCA